UGGGUGGAGGAGACGUUUUCGGAUUUCCCAAAGGGACUCCAUUGGAGGUCGUACGUGGUGUGCGACGUGGCCUACAGCAACGUGAACAACUGGCUCUGGGUGCCGUUCAUCGAGCGGACGCAGGCCAACAGGAUCUACAUCGAAAUACAGUUCACCAUCAGGGAUUGCAGCCUCUUUCCAGGUAACGCGCUGUCGUGCAAGGAGACGUUCAGUCUUCUGUACUACGAGUUCGACGUCGCCACGAGGGAACCCCCGCCGUGGGAAACCGAUAGCUACAAAUUAAUCGGUCGUAUUGCCGCUGGCGAAGGUAGAUUCAACAAGAACAACGAAGUGACCAUCAAUACGGAGGUGAAGAGCAUCCCCGUAACGAAGAAAGGGGUGUACUUUGCGUUCAGGGAUCAGGGAGCGUGCAUCUCGUUGCUCGCCGUAAAGAUUUAUUACAUAACGUGUCCGGAGGUGACGAUAAACUUCGCCAAGUUCCCGAAGACCCCGACGGGAAAAGAGGUGACGCUUAUCGAGCAGGCUACGGGAACCUGCGUGGAGAACGCGCAAGAGGUCGACACGCCCACGUACCUCUGCAAGGGCGACGGGAAAUGGACGUUACCCACAGGUGGAUGCAAAUGCAUGGCCGGUUUCCAGCCGGACACCAAGAAGCAAUCCUGCAACGUAUGUCCGCGCGGCAAGUACAAGUCUAGUGUCGGAGACGAUCUCUGCCAGAAAUGCCCGGAGAACUCGAAGGCCCAGGUGGAGGGCUUGCGCGAAUGCAAGUGCGAUUCCGGUUUCUACCGCUCCCCGAAAGAUUCCAAAGACAUGCCUUGUACACAACCUCCAUCAGCGCCGCAAAACUUGACGGUGAACUUCGUCGAUCAAUCGAUCGUGAUGCUGAGCUGGAGUCCGCCGGAGAACUUGGGUGGUCGAGCCGACACCUCCUACAGGAUCAAAUGCGACGCCUGCAUUUUGGGCUUGGUCCAGUACUCACCCAACAUGGAGAGAUUCAACGACACGAAGAUCACCAUCAGCGGUUUGAACGCCGUUACUACGUACAGAUUCCAAGUAUUCGCCGAAAACGGUGUAUCGAAUGUGACUUCGAAGAGCGGAUCUCCGGAAUACGCGGAUAUAGUCGUCACAACUGAAGCUUCAGUUCCAAGCACCACGACGAACGUGCGCGUUAUUUCCGUGAAGAGCACCGAAAUCAGCAUCAGCUGGGACGUACCCACCAGCAGCGACGGUGGCGAAAUCGAAAACGAUGCUGUAGAAACCUAUGAAGUACGCUGCUUCGUGAAAGGCGAUAUUGAUCACAGCAACUCCACGAGUAUCCUCACCAACGAACUCUUCGCCACCUUCACCGGGCUUCAGCAACGCACCGAGUACGGAUUACAGGUGAGGGCUAAAACCCAACGCGGUUGGAGCGCCUAUUCCCCGGUCAUCUUCAAAACUACAGGACAAGUCCUCAAGACCGCUUACAUAGGUGAAGACGAGGAAGGUUUCCGACUGCAGCUGGUGGCUGGAGGCAUCGUCGCAAUCGUCGUCAUCCUCGUGGCAGUCAUCGUCUUAACAGUGGUCUUCAUCAAAUCCAGAGCCAACGACGAAUGCAACAAGAAGCAACCGAGCGACUGCGACACCCUGGAAUACCGCAACGGCGAAGUUCAUCAUAACUUGGACAAUCCUCCUAUUGUUACCACACACACAAAUGUGACUACGCCCCUAUUCACCGGGAUGGGAGCCUCGAGAACCUACAUUGAUCCACACACGUACGAAGACCCCAAUCAGGCGGUGCGCGAAUUUGCAAGGGAAAUUGAUGCUGGCUGUAUCACAAUCGAAGCGAUAAUAGGUGGAGGAGAAUUCGGAGACGUCUGCAAGGGUAAACUGAAGGUGAACGGCAUGGACAUCGACGUGGCUAUCAAAACGCUGAAGGCCGGAUCUUUGGAUAAGGCUAGGAACGACUUCCUCACCGAAGCUUCCAUCAUGGGACAGUUCGAGCAUCCGAACGUGAUCUUCCUGCAAGGCGUCGUCACCAAAUCCAAUCCCGUGAUGAUCAUCACCGAGUACAUGGAGAACGGAUCUCUGGACACCUUCCUUCGGGCCAACGACGGGAAGUUCCAGGUCCUGCAGCUCGUGGGAAUGCUGCGUGGAAUAGCGGCGGGCAUGCAAUACCUCAGCGACAUGAACUACGUCCAUCGUGAUCUCGCUGCGAGGAACGUUCUGGUCAAUUCGCAGCUCGUCUGCAAGAUUGCAGAUUUUGGUCUCAGCAGGGAAAUUGAGAGCGCCACCGAAGGAGCAUACACCACGAGGGGUGGUAAAAUCCCUGUGAGAUGGACGGCUCCUGAGGCGAUAGCCUUCCGUAAAUUCACUUCGGCCAGCGACGUCUGGUCCAUGGGAAUCGUGUGCUGGGAGGUGAUGUCCUACGGUGAACGACCUUACUGGAACUGGUCAAAUCAGGACGUCAUCAAGAGCAUCGAAAAGGGUUACAGACUGCCGGCUCCGAUGGAUUGUCCCGAGGCCAUCUACCAGCUGAUGUUGGAUUGCUGGCAGAAGGAGCGCACCCACAGACCCACAUUCCAGUCCAUCGUGAAGACGCUGGACAAGCUGAUCCGGGUGCCGGACACUCUCCGAAAAAUUGCUCAGAACCGAUCGACGAAUCCCUUAGCGGCGGACGCGCCUGAUCUUACGAACUUCUCCUCGGUGGAGGAAUGGUUGAACUCGAUAAAGAUGACCAGAUACCUGGAGAACUUCCACGCAGGUGGCAUCAACACCAUGGACGCAGUCGUCAAUCUGACGGUGAAGGAGCUGACCGAGCUGGGAAUCACCCUCGUGGGUCACCAGAAGAAGAUCAUGAACAGCGUGCAGAACAUCAGAGCCCAGAUCCGGGUCAACGGGACCGAAGGAUUCCUCGUUUAAAGAAGGAAAUGAAGAGACACCACCCCGACUUGAACACCAACAUUCGCAAAGCGAAAAGGACCCACAGGAUUAUUAUUAUUUCAAACGCAUUUAAUUAAUUUGUUAAUUUCAAUCCUUGUUUUUUCUUAUUUAAGUGGAAUCAAAACGUGGUGAUAUUUAUCGUUUAGUUUAUAGUUAGUGUGCUUUUUCGCUUCGUCGACGAGUGGACAAUCCGAUCAUACACAUAUAUUUUUCUAUUUAAUUUCCAUUUUUCUAUCUAAAAAUUUAAGCAGAAAAAAGGAAAAAAGAGACUUUUUUUACCGUUUUUUUCUUCUUUUUAAAAAAGAACGAACGUUUUUCGCGCGGAGUGCGCGAUGGAUUCAAGUGAACAUUUUAGAUACUCUGAGGUGUCCGUGAGCUUUAUGUAUAAACAAAAAUAGCGAGAGAAGAAAAACAAGAGAGUAAUCGGCAAUUGUAAUUCUUUUUAUCCAUGUAAUAACAAUCUAAUAAUCAAAA